CAACACCAAAAAUAGCCAUAUAAUUCUCCUUUUGGGGUGGAUUCUGUGGCCAAAAAGGGGAUUUUUUGGGGUGCUGGGGCAACAGGGAGCAACAGUGCUGUGCUACCACGGGCCCGGGGGUGAGCCCGUUUUGGGUGGGCUGGGUCAUUUGCGACUUGACGGUGUCGCCGAAAUUGGGAAUCAUCCAAAAUUGACUUUUGUGAGAUGCCUGAAUUUGAUGAGAAUUUCCUGGCUGUUUGUUCACGGAAUGAGCAGUGGAGGAGAUCAUCCUAUGAUUUUGUUAGCCAACCAUUCAGGGAGCGUGUGAAGCUCCUGAAAAUUCGGAUUGGUUCGUCAGGGCACAAAGGGAGCUUGCGUGGGACAAAGCUGGCACGUCGGGCGAGGUCAUUCAAGGAUGACUUCCUGGAGAAGAUCUCCCAAAUCCGUACGCCGACAAAUACAAUGACGAGGACUUCCUCGCCGAGUAGUCCGAGGAAUAAAACCUCAAAGGGUUAUGUGGAUGAACCAAUGAAGCCGGCGCACGAUCUCAACUAUCACGUGCGGCAGGUGAAGAAUUCCCUGAAGCACUUUAAGGAUGUGAUAUCGAAGAAGAAGCUGGAGAUGCUUCCGGGGAAUGGAACGGUGGUGCUGGAGUCCAUUGCCAAUGUUCACAUUGCACUGCAGGCCUAUGGGCUCAAUGAGCAGAGCAAUGCACUCAUCUCGGCAAAGACACAGAUGUAUGCGUCCCUGGGGCGCCUGAUAAAGCUCUGUGAUGAAGUCCUCCUUGCGGAGAAUGAUCAAACGUGCGCUGCCAUUGAACCGGAGAAUGUUCAGGAGGUCACAGCGCUCGUGGAUGCUGCUCUCGAAAAUCUCCUUCAAGUCUCAAAUGCCAAGCUAACGGAUCGCAUGAGUUCAUCAUCUCAGCCAGCAGCUGUGCGUACAUCCUCAAACACACUACAGCGUCCAAUGAUUGAUGUGGCCAGUCAGAGGACAUCGCUGCCCGACAUCCCACUCACGCCACGUGAGCGAGAUAUCCUGGAGCAACAAUCCACCCGCAGUGUGCGUUCAUCGCACAGUACAGAGAGCAUUCUACGUGACACGAGUCCCCCACCAAAGCCACCACUUCCGGGUCGUAUCUCAGAUCCACCACCGCUGCCACCAAAGCCAAAGCAGCGAGGGCUCGUGGAUUCGGACACAGCAUCUGAUCUCACGCUACCCACAACAACAAAUGAGCGUAGCUCAUGGCGCUCCAAAUCCCCUGAGGAUAAUUCUAGUCUCCUGAGUGCCAGUGCGGGUUCCCUCGAUUCAGCUCUCAAUCAGAGUCGUGAAGAUGAUAUCCUGGAGCCAUUGCUGGAGAUGGACCAAAUGGCGAGGGCCACCAAUAGUGCCUCCUCGUCAUCACCAUGUCGGGAAUUUGAGGAAAAUGUGCCAACGCUUUCCAUCACGGGGGCAGACGACUACCCACCAUCAGCUGUACGACGAACGGCACAAUCAUAUGUCGUGACACGCAAUUCACGCACGCACUCAGCGGAGCAAGAGCUAAUUGGUGGGGAAUGCGUGUCGGAGCAGAUUUUCACGCAGAAUGUGUUCAAUAAAUUCGAGCAGCAUAGUUUUAUGUGUAAGACAGAUAGUGUGGAUAGUGCAGCACUAUCGGAGAUGUCCUGCGACCCAGAGGAUGAGCAACCCCCGGAAUUGCCGCAGAAGACACGAAGGAGCACCCAGAACCGCUUUGAUCGCCUCAAAUCAGUAUACGAUAAUAUGCCGGGAACAGGAAUUGAAUCACAAGGGCCCAAGCAUCAAUUCACAUCAACCACAAGUACAGCAGCAGUGUUCACAUCAUCUCAACACCAUCACCAGAGUACGGCGGCCUUUGCAGCCACUUCGAUGAAGCACCAGAGUGUUUUCGAACCUCGGCAGUUGCAGAAGUACCAUCAGCAGCAAUUGCACCACGAACCAGACGCCGAGACGCAAGACGAGAAGCCACCUCCGCUUCCUAUGAAGAAGAAGCACAUGUUUCAAAGUGUGGCGUAUUCAGUUAUGGCUUAUAUGGAGAUAUUUGGAAAUUGCACUCAUGCCUCGCAGCAAAUAUGUGGGAAUGGAAUUCGAGGUGCCAAUCUUCAAGAACGUUCUGUCAGCAUGAUGCCAUCAAUUAAUCACGUAAGCAUGCAAACUCAAGCAUUGACUGCUGGGAGCAAUCAUUCGAUGGUCACGACGAUGUCCUCAGCUACGGUGAUUGCGAGGACGGAGACGGUGGUGGAGGAGAAGCCACCGGCACUGCCGCCAAAGCAGUCAAAGAUGAGUAGUAAGGUGUCCAUUGGUAGUGACACACCGCCACAGAGUCCGCGUGUCGUGAGUGGGGCGCGACAGCAGAAGCCCUCCAUUUCAACACCGUCCGUCGUGUGCAGCGGCGGUGCAGGAGGUGGGAGCCAGCAGCAGCUUUCGCCAGGGAGCAAGUCACUGAAGACACCAUCGCCACUGUCGCCACCGCUGUCGGCGACACACCACGCGAAUUUCAAUUGUCCAGAAGUGAAAGUGAACGAUCAGAAAGACGCCACUUCACCGCGACUAUUCAAUUUCAAUGAGAACACAAACAGUAGCGAUAAGACUCAUUCCGCCGAGACGCUCAGUAAUCAGACACGCACCAACGAGGAGGCAUCGGACGAGGAAGUUGUCCUGCGGAGGGAUCAGCACAAGAAGAAGGCGAGCAUGAGCUCAAAUACUAGUCUACCACUGGAUCUAAUUGAGGAGAUGAGUAUAUCGCAGUAUUUGGUGUUUAAGAAGGAGGGUGAGGAUGGACCUGAUGUCAAAGGUGGACACUUGGAUGCCCUCAUCAUUCAUGCAACGAAAGUUGAGAAGAACUUUGAGAAUGCAUACGGAGAAGCUUUUCUCACAACUUUCCGUACCUUCAUGACACCCCUGCAGUUAAUUGAGAAGCUAACUUAUCGCUAUAACGUGUUCAGUUGCCAAAUCGGUGAUCAGAAGCAAAGAGCCGCCAAAGAAUCUUUCUCUCUGCUCUUUCGUGUUGUUAAUGACUUGACAAUUCCCGACAUUGAGGAGUACUGUCUGAAUUUAUUGGUGGAUUUUGCCCAUCAAUUGAUCUGCAAUGGGAACUUGACAAUGGCAAAAUUGCUGCGGGUGAAGAUAUUGGAGAAAGUUAUGAUGUAUAAGCAACACAAAUGGUCUCCCUACUACUCCACACUCUCGUCACGGGCUGUCACGACAAAUCCCCCCACAUUGCUUGAUCUAAAGUCCGUGGAAAUUGCUGAGCAAAUGACCCUCCUCGAUUCGGAAUUAUUCAAAAAGAUUGAAAUUCCGGAAGUUCUGAUUUGGGCGCAGGAGCAGUGCGAGGAGAGAUCGCCGAAUUUAACACGCUUCACGGAGCACUUCAAUAAAAUGUCCUACUGGGCACGAUCACAGAUCCUCAAGCAGGAAGAUGCCAAAGAACGCGAACGCUAUGUGAUUAAAUUCAUAAAGAUCAUGAAGCAUUUGCGGAAGAUUAAGAAUUUCAAUUCCUACCUUGCUCUGCUAUCUGCACUCGAUUCUGCCCUCAUUAGAAGACUGGAAUGGCAAAAGACAAUUACAGACAGUCUCAAAGACUACUGUGCCCUUAUAGAUCCCAGCUCUAGCUUUCGAGCCUAUCGCCUAGCUCUGGCUGAAACAACACCACCCUGCAUUCCCUACAUUGGGUUGGUCCUGCAAGACUUAACAUUUGUCCACAUUGGGAACCAAGACUAUCUCAGUGAGGGCAUCAUAAAUUUCUCGAAAAGAUGGCAACAGUACAAUAUUGUUGUCAACAUGAAGCGAUUUAAGAAAAGCUCCUAUCCGUUCAAAAAGAAGGAACACAUAAUUGGAUUUUUCGAUAAUUUCGAAAACUACCUAGAUGAAGAUGCUAUGUGGCAAAUAUCAGAAAACAUAAAGCCACGCGAGGGCAAGAGAACGUGCAAAAGGUGAAUAUUUUGCAACAAAUAAAAUUUUAUUUAUUAAUUAAUUAAUUAAAGAAAAAAGUGCGGGAAGGGAUUUAGUUGUCUCUCUUUGCGUAAGAAUCUUUUUAAGAAGAAAAAAAAAACAACAAAAAACUAUAUAGUGCUACAACAUAUUAAGUACAUGAGAAAGAUUAUAGAAAAAAAACUAUUUUUAUUACGUUAGUUUAAUGAAAUAUAAAAUGAAAAAGAUAAUUUAUUAAUUAAAUUGGCAAAGAGGAAGAGGAAGGGAAAAAAAAGAUAUCAGUGUAGCGGAAAUUAUACAUGUUAGAUGAGAAUUAUUCGUAGAAUUGGUGAAAUUUGUUAGUUAGUUUGACAAACUAUACUCUUUAUUUUGUUGAUUAGGUGUAGUAACUUUUUUUUAAAUAUAAAAAAAAAGUAAUUUUAGCGAUAAAAUUUUGAAUGAGGCGCAGAUGUGCAUGAAAAAUUAAGAAAAUGCUAGGGUGGGAAUAUCUAUAAUGAGAAAAAAGAAACAUACCUACAUACCUACUAUUAUCGAUUUAGUCAAAAUGAAAAUAAGAAGAAAAAAACUUAUUAAACUACUACGUAGGACGUACUAAUUAUAUCACUAAAAAGAAGUAAUGAAAAAUUAGAUGAUAGAAAUCAUGCAAUGAAUGUAAUGCAACGAAUUAUUUACACCACACAAUGCAGAUCACACAUGAUAUACUUAAACGUCUACUAAUCAACUAGGAAGCAAAUGAAAAAAAAACCUACAUUGAUGUGUUAGCGCAAAACACGUACAUUAAUUUGUUUUCUAUAUGAAUUUAUUUUACUCGUGAUUUUUUUAGGAACUUUUCUUGUAAAUUUGACUGACUUUUUUAUCAGUUUUUUGAGAGAUUAAUUUUUUUUUAUAUUAUGUAAUAAAGUAUUCUAUUUACUUUCUUCUCUAUAUAACUAUUCUUAACAAUACAAAAAAAAAAGUAUUCCUAUAUUUCUUCUCUUACUCAAAGACUAAUGAAUUUUUAAUUUUAAACUUGAUAUUUCUUCUUAAAAGGGGUGAAGAUACUCAUGAAGAAAAAAUGAGGAAAUCGAAUAAUAAAAUUGAGAAAAUUUUUCAAUGAAUUGAGAAAUAAUUUUUUCUUACAAAAAUAUUAGUUUUUGAUGAGCUUUUUGUGACCUUGUUUCAGUUAAAACUGAUAACUUAAUUAAACUUUAGAUUCCAAUUUAGUUUAUUAAGAGAAUUGAAUGAAGUUUCUUUGUUUUAAAUAAACCAGAACUUUUAUUAAAGAUACAGCAUUUUCAGAUCUAGGUCUUAAGUCUACGUUUCCUUUAAAAAAAUUUAAAAGCAUAAAGUCGAGACUGAAACCUCAUAAACCUCAGAGUCUGAAAAACCUUAAAAAAUUCGUCUUUUCACAUUUUUUCUUGGAAAAAAUCUGGAUCUGUGGGAUCUUUUAGAUCCAGUGAAGAUUUAUAGAUGUAAACAGGAAAUAAAACCAAAUCAAGUUUCUAUCUAAUUUAAAUUCAAUAGAUUGUUCAAAGCUUAGUGUUUCUGGUUCCCUUCUGGAUUUAAAAAUUGACCUUUUCAGCUUAAAAAUGACUUUAAGAAAAUUAAUUUUCUUAAAAGUUAAAUGAAUUCGAUUAAAGAAAGAAUUUAAGAACUUUUUCAAGGAUUUUUGUUGAAAAUUGGCACAUCUUUAGAUUUUUAUCUUCUUUAGCGUCUUCUACAUAAAUCCAAUGCAUGGGACACGUAUAAAAAAUUUCUAAAUACAGAAAUCAAACGAAAUAGUAGUCCUUCAAUGGCCCUUAAAGGGUUAAAAAUUACAAUUUUUUCUGUAAUGAAAAAUCAUUUCUCAAUCAUAGAAAAAAAAACACAUUCGUGCGUAAUUUUCCCCAAAAGUACAAUUUUCCACUUUUUUAUGAUAAGAAUAAAAGAUAAUUUUUCUACAGAAAGAACUCUUUGGUAUGAGAAAAAAGUGAAGUGAAACACAACACUGCUUAAUUUAAUGUGCAAUAUUUUAAAAGAAAAAAAAAAACUAAAAACAAAAAAUACUAUACUUUAAAAAUUUUAUCUGUAGUGGAAGCAAAAAAAAGUAUUCGUGGUAUAUAUCAUAGAACAAAAUAAAACAUAAUACAUUUUAUUGAGGUAAAAAAAAAGAAGAGAUCCCCCCAAAAACCCAUCAUGAAGAAAAAUAUCAAUAAAAGCAGCAUUUUUUUUUAAGUCAAAAGAUGAAGCGAUACUUUGGAGAUUUUGUGCGAGAUAUGAAGGAGAAAAAGUAUCGUCAAUGUUGAGCCAUAAACUACACAAUUUAUAUUAACAAUAAGAGUAUUAGUAUGGAAGGAGAACAUGCAGAGGAAGCACUCAAAUAGCAUAAAAGAAAUAAAGAAAUAAAAAAUGUGAAAAUAACAAUCACGCUGCGGACAAUGCAAUAGAGUCUGAUUAAGAUGAUUUACCAGGGAACUUACAUUAUUACUAUACCUACUAAAUAAUAUACUCAUUCAAACAAAAUGCAUAAGAAAGAAAAAUCUCUGAUGACCAUGAACCAAGCAGCAGCAUAAAAAACUCUUCUAACGUUUAAAAAAAUGUAAAACUGAUAAUAAAGUGUAAUUGAAUGUGUGUGUAUGUCAGACAA